GCGGAAGUGGUGUUUGUAACAAUAUUAUUUUGCAUUAAGCAAAGCAUUCAAGUAAUUAAACUCGUUUAACAUUUUGCAAAAUUAGUCAUUCAAGAACAAUGUUUGCAUCGAACUAUCCAAAUAUGUAUUGGCGACAACAAAUAAAAUGAAAGCAAGAAACAGGACAUCAUUGUUGAUGCCCAACACUUCAAAAGAAUUAAGGAAGUCAAUAGUUCACCCGAACAUUGAAACUGUAAGCAAUGCCGUUGAACUUACAACGAAAGAAAUCACCGAAAGAGCUGCGUUGUAUAAAAAUGAAUUCAACCAAGAGGCGAUACACGAUCGAGUGCUUGUUUUGAAAGUAAUGCCUGACGACUACGAAAUGCAAGAAUUAACCUUAAGGUUAGAACUUGGAAAUAAAAGCAACGCCAUUAACAAUAAAAAAAUUGUAGAAAACGAUGCUUUUAUUGAGACAUCUAGUCGUGAUUCAUCGACUGUGAGUCAAAAUAUAGCGAAUUUGUCAACCGACAACAUUGACAUUGUCGACAAGACAGAGGAAGUUAGUCAUGCGGAGGGUCAAAUCGACACAAUAAAUUGUUAUCGCAUAUUUGUGCAUUCUUCCUGGCUGACGUUAAACAGUCGUUUCUUUCGAAGUUUGUUGUUCGAAUCGGGUAUGACCGAGAGCAGUACUCGUGAGUUUAGCAUGAAAAUUACAAUGUCCGAUGAAGACGCGUUUUUAUUGUUGUUAAAAUCCAUUUAUGAUCCGGAAGUCAUGGACAACCUUCAAAUUGCACAACUUGUAAAUGUGUUGAGAUUAUCGGUGAAAUACGACGUUCGAUUUUCUACUAUUAAGGCUAAGCGUGUCCUGGAAGCAUCACCUCUAACGAUUGAAGGGUGUGAGUUAAUCAUUCAGGCAAAUUUUACUGAUGCCAUUCCAGAUUUGGAGAGUGUAAUGACCAAUGUUGAGAAAAUACUUCUUGGUGCAUUUAAACCCCUAGACGAGACAUGGGAAUCCGAAAAGUUUUUGAGUCUAUCCAAAUACGCGCUCCGAUUUCUCCUUGGAAGUGAUAACCUCGUAGUCCAGUCGGAGAAUACUGUAUUUAUAGCGUUGAUGCACUGGAUUGAGGUGAAUGAUGAACUAUACGGCGAUUUAAACAAACACUCUGAUCUUCUUGGUCUUGUCCGCUACGAGUUAAUGAAACCAUCCUAUAUCCACGAUGUUGUAAGAGAUAACAAAAUUGCAAACAAACUAGAAGGUUUUAAAGACUUUUAUAUAAAAGCAUUGACUUUUCACGCAAUGCCUGCUAAACGGCGAACUACUCCACGCUUUAAACGACAGUUUUGCUGUUCAAAAUCUCCCACAUUUACUUGGAUUCUUUAUGCAGACGCCAAGUUGUUUUCAUUUACUGAAGAUUUCUCAAAAAAAUCGGCUAAAUCGUCUUGUUUUUGGUACUAUGGAUUUAAAAUGCGACUUCAAUUGGAUUUAUGCCCAAAUCAAGACGAAACUUUGCUGUAUUUGGUCGUUGACAAUCUUGCCGAUGAUGGCAUUGUUGAAAUUGUGUAUGAAAUGGACGUAAAAUUUGGCGAAGGUCUGCACAAAAGUAUUAUGUCUGAUUCGUACGUUUUUCAAGGAGACGCGAAAGCAUCUGCUGUCGGAAAUUAUCCUUUUGAUGAAAAUUAUUCUUUGAAUGAAAUCAAGGAAAUCUUAACAGGAAGUUCAUGUAAUGUUGCUAUUAUAUUUGAAAUCACAAUUGAUAAAAUAGUCAAUGAUUAAUUACUGCAUUAAUCAAGUUUUAAGUCCAGCGUUGAACGCCAAAAUGUCUUCAAUUUUACCAUCAAAACAGGGUAUUCAAGUUCUUACAUUAGUUGAAUUGUUUAAUAAAUUUUUUUGGCAGCAUAUAUAUGUAUAUAUCACUUCGAAAACGUACAUCAUGUAAUUAAACAAUACUAAAAAAAAACAAGGAAAAUCAAAUUAUUAUCUUUACAAA